AAACAAACAAAGCCUUUAGCUUGGCGUAAAGCUCAUUUCCGGUCAAGUGACUCGUUCCAUGCUCAGGCAUGCAAACUCACUUCCUAAAUUUCCAAGAAAAGCAGCCGUAAUAUGACCUGAAUUUUAGUUAUCUCCUUUUUUUCAGGUUCAAAACUAAYGUCCUUAAGAUCUAAGCUGGCCUGAAAAUGGAACCAGAGAUUAAACUUACUGUUAAAGCGACUGCAAAGCUGCAGUUUGAGAAGACGAGAGAUCCAAGACCUUCUGGAUGGCUUUCCGUCUUCAAAUGGGUUUUUGCAGGCUUUCUCUCUAUCUUUGUUUUAGCUUGUGUCGUUACAAGCAAAAUUUCACUGCUGGCUAUUGGGAAAUACUAUAACGAAACGAGACUGUCUGUUAAAACUGACGAAAAAAAUUCAUCUUCGAAGGAGACCACUUUUAUAAUGRUGGUAUUCAUCCUUAUGAUACCACAGUUCUUGUCCCUCGUGAGGGCUGUAUUCAUAAGCUUGUUCCGACAUACACAUUCUUGGCCGACAAAUUCUGCAAUAAUAUGGUGUCUGGUGGCAGGAUCCUUAGAAGUAGUUGGUCUGUCAUUCUUCUUGGUAGUCAUCGUUCUCAAGACCACCCUAACUGCACCUCAUUGCAUUCUUGUAAUGAAUGCAUUGUUUCUUGUCCCCAUUAUAUGGCAAAUGAAUAAAUUGAGAGACGGAGCGCAAAACCAUCGUUGGCCAAUGAUUUUUCUUGUGUUUGCUCUUGUGCUGGAAAUUGUAGGAAUUGCUCUAAUUACUUACGACGUUAUUAAGAAGGAAAACCAAAUUGAGUUUGCUGGUAUUCCUGCCUCACUCAUCCUCUUGUCCAUCGCCUGGUGUCCCAAGAUACAGAAACUACAGAUUAAACCCAGAAAUGAAGCUGAUCCUUUUGAAGACUCAGUGUUUAGGAAUGAUCUAUCGGGAAGUAUGCCAAGUACAUCAGGGAUGCAAGGGACAUCUACAGCUAAUCCUAACCAAAAUAUGAACACUGGCAUUGAAGAGUUUGGCUAUGAACCAACAGCUCGAGGGAAAUCGACCAUCAUUGCAAGCUUCUGGAAGCUUCUUCUCACACCAAUUGUUGCAGCUCUCUUCUGCUACGCUUUUGGUGUGGCAAAUCUCCACCCCAGCAGCUUACAGAAAGGCUUUGAUAACUUUGGUGUGGGCCCAGCCAAAUAUUUUUUCUCUGCACAGAUUGUUACUAGUCUUGUAGGAUACAUUUUGGGUGGCCUUGCCUGUGCCAUGUGCAUACAACGAGUGGCCUUCGCACUACCUCUUACCUUAGCCACGCCUGUUGCCAUGGUACUCAUAUAUAUACCACAYAUUUGUUCUACAUCUUCCAUCCCAUUUACGUGUAACCAUGGUGAUGAGGAAUAUGUAAUACCAAUAGCCGUCGGCCUUUGGGUUGCACAGUUUCUUUCCACUGGCUUCUAUGUUUGGAAGGGCCAGACCUUCAUCAUGGCCAAGGAGUCUUCCUUGUUUUGGUUGCCUUCUUAUAACGGUGCCUUCUUGGAGCAAAACCUUCUUCUCAACCGUAAAAACCAAAUCACAGACGAAUAUCAGGUGAACCAGCGGGAAAUCACAAAGAAAUCAUGCGUCUACAUCUGUACGACAAUGUACCAUGAAACUGAAACUGAAAUGGAACAGUUGUUACAUUCAUUACAUGAUGUAGACAUGGCCAGACUGGCUUCCAAGCGUCAGUUUGAAGCUCAUAUUUUCUUUGACGGGGCGGUGAAAGGAGAAGUCCUCAAUGACUUUGUUUUACAAUUGAUUGCCUUGGUGCCCAAGACCCUGAAGGUGAAGAUUGAAAGCACUAUGAAAAUCAAAACUCCUUAUGGGAUGCAGCUAAGGUGGAAGCUCCCUGGUGGCAUGCCAUUUGUCAUUCAUCUCAAGGACAAUCUAAAGGUCAAGAAUAAAAAACGCUGGAGUCAAGCCAUGUACAUGUCCUACGUCUUGGACUACAAAGAGACCAUGAUGGGUUCUACUGACGACAAUACCUAUAUCCUAGCAACCGAUGCUGACGUCAGGUUUACCCAUGAAUCUGUGCAGGCAUUGCUGGACUUGAUGAUGAGAGAUCCUAAGGUUGGGGCGGUUUGUGGGCGUACUCACCCAUUGGGCUCUGGUCCAAUAGUGUGGUAUCAAGUCUUUGACUACGCUAUUGGUCAUUGGUUCCAAAAGGUAGCCAAUCACGUCCUUGGAUCUGUUCUCUGUUCACCCGGUUGCUUCAGCGUGUACCGGGCGCGUGCAAUAAGAGACGUCUUGCCUAUCUACGCCACUGGAGUAAAUACUUCAAUAGACUUCCUUACCAAAGACAUGGGUGAAGAUCGUUGGUUAUGUACUCUAAUGGUCCAGUCAGGGUGGCGCCUUGAAUACUGCGCAGCCGCAGAAGACAGUACCUAUUGCCCAGAGGCGUUUGACGAAUUCUUCAAACAGAGACGUCGAUGGAUUCCAUCCACAUUAGCCAAUCUCAUUCAAUUAAUCGGAGAAUGGAAAGUCACAACAGAAAACAAUGAUAAAAUAUCUUUGCUUUUUAUUAUUUAUCAAGGGCUGAUGGUCUUUUCUACCCUGAUUUCUCCUGCUACUGUCAUCCUUGUCAUUACUGGGGCAUUACACUACGCCAGCCCUGGAAUAAAUCAGGAUGCGAUCCUAAUCCUCCUGGUUCUCGUGACAAUUGGUUUCGCGUUCGUUUGUCUGUACACGAAACAGGACUUCCAGCUUAAAGUUGCCAAACUACUGACCAUCGUGUUUGCUCUAGUUAUGGCGUUUGUUACUGUUGGGAUGGCAGCACAAAUUGGUGAAGAUCUUUCUUUGAGAUCUAAAUGUGACAAACUUAAUACAGCAUCACAUUCAUCUACAUCCCAUAACUACUCCACACCAUCCCCCACCCCUACGGGUUUAAAAUGUCCAGACGAUCACCUUCCAGCGGAUGUGAGCUCGCUAUACUUAGCAGGACUUGUGGGAAUCUUCUUGAUUGCAGCACUCAUGCAUCCGUUUGAAGCGUAUUGCCUUGUUCAUGGAGUAUGGUACCUAUUCUGCUUGCCAUCGGGCUAUUUACUGCUGAUUAUCUAUUCCGUGUGUAACCUUACAGACAGGUCAUGGGGAGGUAUCAUCGGACAGUGUUUUUUCAGAAGAGGAAUCAACUUCAAGUGAAGACAAUAAGGCUGGUCCUACUCAAUCCCCUUCAGACAAUGGAACAGAGUCGCCUGAACCCAUCCCUCUUCCUGUGCCCUUACCCGAACCUCCUAAAUCUGCCAUGAAAUCCAAAGUGAAGAGAACGACAAGUACAGAUGAGGCCGCCGAAAAGGCUCCCAAAUGGCGUUUCCCCGGUGAAGAAAAGAAGCAGGUUCGAUUUGACACCAGACUUCCUAAACUUCACCCAGAAACAGCUGUUGAAGAAUGGUUACCUGGCGAACUAAGGAACCUCUACUUAAAGAAUUUCAAAGACAAUGGCUACGAUAAUGUUAGUUUUAUUGCUGGCAUGACGAAAAAGGAAAGUGUCGAUGAUUGGCUACAUGAGUUGGGUCUAGAGAGUUACUGGUCGUAUUUCCAAGCAAAUGGAUACACGAAUCCAAGGACCUUGGAAGAGUUGAAGGCCAUGGACAGUGAGACACUAAAGAGCACCUUGAAAGAUGACCUUCAAAUCACCAAACCAGCACACGUGGCCAAGAUGAUUAAAGCCAUUAAAAACCUGCAGUACCCGACACCAGCCCAAAGACAAAUCCGUCAUGCGCGAGAAGCAGUUAGCAAAAUUUCUUGUCAGUUGCUACAAGUAAUCAAUCAAGACGAAGAGCUUGAAUACAACUUCUGGAAAGGAUUGCGUGAAGCUUGUCUUCUUCCAGAAUCUGCCAUAUUUGGUGCCGUGACGGAGCUGAAAGAGAAACUAGAAGACUUGCGUGACUCGGUGCUCAUGGUGUUUGCUAUUGCUAACGCAAUAUGGAUGAUCCUUCUGGUCACGCUUGAAAAGCAGACAACCCUCAAACUGCUCGGUACAAAUGCCAUUGGUUUCGCAUUCCUUGCGAUCUAUGGGUUCCUGAUCGUAAUCCAGUUUCUUACCCUUAUUUGGCAUCGUAUCGAUACUAUUUGUCACAUGUUGGCGAGAGCACCGUGGAGGAAAGGACCGUAUCAAAUGUCUUGGUCAUUCAAAGAUACUGAUCUUCCACCAGAACCAACCCAAGCAGAGCUUGAAAAAAUUCGCAGGAGAAAGAAACCAAAGAGAAGGGGCACGAGUCGUAGAUCCAGUUCUCAGGCUCUACUGUUGGACAGCGAACCCAGUUCAGAUUACAGUAGCACACACAGUGCUAAUCACCUUUAUCACCAACCUUCGCAAAUUGAUCAUAUCGCAUGAUGCAAAAGCACAAAGCACUAUUCUAAAAUAUAACCCCCAAAAAAAAAAUCAUGCAGGGGUGCCUGUGGUAGUAUGAUCCGGUGAGGUCUGGUAACGAGUGUUCAAAUUACCAUACGCAUGUGACAAUGUAAAGGAUCUGUGCACGUGAAGGUAAGGUUACCAUGGAAACGGGCCAUUUUUUGUACGAUCAAUAUACUUUGCAUAUUUGGAAUUCGAGAUAAAGAGGUUAACCUCACCUACAUGCGAACAGUUCCUUUGAAAAAGUUUGUUAAAUUUGUAAAUGCAURCGUUGGGAUUGCUGUGGUAUAACGACCAGGGAUCUGGUGCCUGAUUUUAUCCUCAAAGUGUUUUGUCCUCGGGGCUACACGUUCAUAUUCAACAAAGGUAACCCAGAUAGUUAGAAAAGUAGCUCGUAGGUAGAUGAUGACACAAGGCUAUCAAAUCAUUCACAAAUAAAUUUUAGGAAUUUUUAAAUUUUAUCUAGGUGGUAUUUUAGAAAUGAAUAUAAUUUAAUAUUCUCAAAUGCACUUAUUAAACUCUUUACAAAAUAA